CGUGAUUUGUAACAAACACAAGAUGGCAGCCCCCAUGUGACCGCAAUUUUGCAUGAUCGCGCGGUUAUAAACUCAGUCAUAAUCCUUCCUCACCUCUAUUGAUUCAGUUUGAAAACAUGCUCAAAAUUUUGUAGGCAGCUUGUAGAGCUUGUUGGAGUUCUCAAAAUGGCAGGGCGUGGUCGUGGUCGAGGGAGAGGGGGUGCGAUGGCCUUCACCGCAGAAGUGUUGGGCUUGGGCCGUGGUGAUGUGCUGCCCCCAACGACGUCACAACCUCCUCCACUAUUUCCACCCUUGGAGUUCCGUCCUGUGCCACUACCAACAGGAGAUGAAUGGGACUAUCUGCUGCUUCUCAAGCAGGAGUUCAGAAACACAAUGAGGGACUCCCCUUAUUACAUCAAACCUCAAGACAAAAAGAAAGAUAUUGAGAGAUAUUCUGAUAAGUAUCGAAUGAGUAACAACUCAGACAACACCAUCGGCUGGACUCCAGAUUGGAACCGACUCCCGAAAGAGCUGAAAAUAAGGGUCAAGAAACAAGGCGAGACUGCUGCUAGAUCUGCUGUGAAAGCGGUCCCCAACCUGCAAGCAGCCAAGCAGAUUUCUCAGAAAGAUGUUGAAGUUGUCACCCAAAGACUGGCUGAGUUGGAGCAGAAGGAGACAGAGGCAGCAUCAGGAGACGAGAAACAAGAGGAUGAAGAUGAAGAGGAGAUAGAUGAGGAGGAAUACUAUGAUGAAGAGGACCAAGAAGAGGGUACAGACUACAUUGUGUCAUACUUUGAUAAUGGAGAGGACGAUGUUAAUGAUGACGAUGAUGGAUUGGACGAUGGGCCCAUCUAUUGAGGCAGCCGAUUGGUCAGAACUAGGCAACAGGAAAUGUCACAUGAAUCUGUCAGAUGUUCCGAUUGGCUCACACAUGCAGCUGAUGUUUUGGAUGAAACUGAAGCUUUGCAAUGCCUAUGCUAAUUGGAUAGUGCUGAGGUUGGUUAUUUAUCAGUGAUUUUGAUUGGCUGAAUUCUGGACUUUGGCCCAAGAAGAGUGCUGAUUGGCAGAGCAACAUGUGCAGUACAAGAUCCUAUUGUUUCUUUGGAAAAUAAUUCCUAGGUUUUCUUUCGAUCUCAAAUUCUGAACAUGUUAAAAAAUUUUCCCUCCAAGUCUACAGGCUAACAACCCAGAGCCUUAUUUGCUUGGAAUCUGCAGUUUAAGUACCCCCCCCCCUUGAAGUAUGGACGGAAAAAUGUUACAGUAAUGCCACCCAUACAAUUCCCUAAACAAUGGUUUGCAUCAUGACCAGUGAUUAUCAAGUUGAUCGACCCUUGAUUCUGAGUUGCAUUUUGUUUCCAACCACCAUGAUUUAUUUAUUUUCCAGAAAUAAAAAAUAAUUCUCUGUAAAACUCAAUUUUUGUCUGUGCCAAGUAAAUAUUACAUGUCCUGAAUAUAUGAAUAAUUUGAAAGUCAUUAAAAACAAAAAAAAAUUGGAAAAGCGUACUUUGGUUUAUUCACAAUAUAUGAAUAAUUUGAAAGUCAUUAAAAACAAAAAAAAAUUGGAAAAGCGUACUUUGGUUUAUUCACAAGAAGCUUUAUUUUAAUAAAAGAUCAAAUUGUGACACGAUUCACUUAACUUGCA